UUCUUUAACCAAAAAAAAUGAAUGAAGAAUAAAAAAUAAGCCAAGAAGAAUAAUUCUCUUAGAACCUUCAUGUGCAUAUAUAUGUAUUGUGUGAAGGAAAAUAUAAAAGGCCAAAAUUUAUAAGAUGAUGAAAAGGGAGAUUCACUUUGUGCACAUUCUUUUGUUAUUAAUUCUUUGUCCUAUAAUUUGUGUUAAUAGUGCAAAUUUUGUGCUGAUUCAUGGUGGAAGCCAUGGUGCAUGGUGUUGGUAUAAGGUGGUAACUAUGCUUAAAUCAGCUGGUCAUAAUGUUACAACUAUUGAAUUGGCUGCUUCAGGUAUCAAUCCAAUACAAGUCCAAGAGAUUCAUUCAAUUUCAAAAUAUUAUGAACCCUUGAUGACAUUUAUGGAAUCUCUUCCUCCAAAUGAGAAGGUAAUUCUUGUUGGUCAUAGUCUGGGUGGGGUGUCUACAUCUGUUGCUAUGGAAAAGUUCCCACAAAAAAUCUCAGUUGCAGUUUUUGUUACUGCUUAUGUGCUUAGUCAAAACCUCUCAUACCCAGUUGUUCUUCAAGAGCAAGCUAGAAGGCUUAGUUCUUUAAUGGACACAAAGUUUUUCUUCUUUGAUGGACCCAACAAACCUGCAACUGCUAGAUUGGUUGGACCAAAAUUCAUGGCAUCCAAGAUGUAUCAAUUAUCACCAUCUGAGGAUUUGACCCUUGCAUUGUCCCUAGUGAGACCUGUACCAAUUUAUAAAGAUGUUGAACUAUUGUUGAAGGAAACAACAGUUACCAAUGAUAGAAAUGGAAGAGUACCUAAAUUUUUUAUCAUAAGCAAAAGUGAUAAUUUGAUAACAGAGGAUUUUCAAAUGUGGAUGAUUAAGAGAAGUGGUCCAUUUGAGAAGGUGGAAGUGAUAGAGGAUUCUGAUCACAUGGUCAUGUUGUCUAAACCAAAGAAGCUUAGUUCCACCCUUCUAAAGAUUGUACAAAAGUAUUAAUCCUUAAUUUUAAUGUAAUAGUAUAUGGUAUUUGUGCAUAUCACGUCCCAAAAACAAAAGAAUAGGGGCUGGACUUAUAUUUCAAUUAUGAAUAAAUGGAGUUAUCUGUUGUUUUUACUUCAUUCUUUUGUUUCAA